CUACAGAACCAAGAAGUAAAGUAACUGGGACUGCUAUACUUGCUUGUUGUGACAAAACUUUUGACUUUUUGUCAAAUAAUAUUUUAAAUCUUCUUUAUCAAAUUUUUGGAGCAAAUUAUAUUCAGAGAAUUGUGAUUAAUGGGUUACCUAGCUAGCUAGUUAAAGGGUUUAGAGAAUGAAAUCGAAAGUGAUUUUUUUUUUUAAUUUUCCAAGUGUUGAACUUUUAGAAAAGGGUAAUUGCAAAUUAUUGAAAGAAGAUUAAAGUUGUUUUGAAAAUGGUAUGGUAUAGUUGUCUGUACAGCAACUCUAUGGGUGACUGAAUUACUUUUAAUUCUGUUAGGAGAAUGAGGAGUAUAUAACUGAAAAAUGAUAAGGUAUGGACUGCCGCAACAGCAUAUAACAGCAGAACAACAGCAGUAUCAGAAUGUGUCUCACAACGAAAUGUCUCACAAUGAAAAAUUAAUGCUAGCCUACAAAAUUUCUGAAUAUUUUGCUGGUUGCCAUGAGGAUGGAAAGACAUUUUGCUUACACCUGUUGUCUAUGAAUUCCACAGCCACAGUUCAACGUAUGUUUGGAAAUGCCAAGAAAUAUGAUUACCCUGUAUUAGAUUGUGUUUGUGAGUGGAUAUUUGUAACUUGUCCUGGUAGUAUUGAUCAGAAUAUAAGGGAUGUUAACAUUGCUUUUCGAAAAUGUGGAAGAAAUUAUGAAAUAAGGCGUGACGAAUUUCGUAAAAAUCCUUUUCAAACACUACCAGGCCAGACCAAUACAGAAACCAUAGCUUUUGAGGAAAAAAAUCGUCGAGAGAUUUAUCAAAAGUUAUCUAAGGAGACUAGCAAGCAACGUUAUAUGGCACACUUUCUUAUCCCUUAUAAUGCUGUGAAAAGAAUAGAACAAGACUGUCAUAAUAACAGCACGAAGUUUUCAAUGUCUGUUUUGGAAGAAUGGGAGGUUACUACGUCAAACAAUUUGCGAACAUGGCAACAUUUAAAGUCAAUUUUGACCUUUCUUGGAUUGAACAAUUUGAUUGAUCAAGUUGAAGGUGUGAAAAGAGAGGAGAUUCGUAAUGAAGAAAGACCAGCAUCGUUGUCAAUUGGACAUGUUUUGGACAUGUUAUUGGUUGCUGUCGAUAUUGAGAGAAGAAGAUUGCUUCGGUCGUACGAUUGUACUAAUGAACAUUUUCAUGUCAUGCUAGAACAGUCAAAAUCAAAAUUGAUUAUGCUAAAACACAAAGGAGUAUUGGGAAAAGAUUUUUGGAAAAUUUUAUUUCCAAAACUUGCUCAAAGUAAUCCACAGGAUUAUGACUUAACGUUAAUUAAUAUUUUGCUGAAAUUAAAAGGUGAAGAGGUAAACAAAUUUAUCACAUCAACUCGAAAUAAAUUAGCCCACAUGCCUUUCGGCGAUCAGAUGUUUUUAGAAAGGACAUCUGAAAAACUUUUCCAUUUUGUUAAGAAAGAAGGCUGUGAAGAGGAUAUUGCUAAAAUUUUCAAUAUACAAAAAUCUCGACAUGUUAUAAAGAGUUUUUCUGUAGAAAAAGAAGAAGCUCAGAAUAAAUGUUGUGAGGAAGGUGUAACGUGCAACUUAAAAGCCCCACUGACUUCCCACGUGAAACGUGAAUUCGAAUUACAAAAGUUGUAUCAGAACCUCAAGUCGCAAUGUAAGUUACCGGUCGUUGUGUCGGGUUUAGGAGGUAUAGGAAAAUCAGAAUUUUUAAGAUGUUUUGGUCAAAACUUUAAAAUCUACUUUGAUAAUAACAUUUUGUGGCUAAAUGCUGAAAAUGAUGCAGAAUUACUGUUCUCACUUCAUAAACAUGCUGAACAUAUGAAAAUAAAAACGAACUUUAAUGCUGUGAAUGAAACACAUAACUUAUUAGCCACUGCAAUUUUUACAUUCUUUGAAAAAAUUGGUAAGAAAUUUUUGGUUGUGUUUGAUAACUUCAAUGAUUCCUAUGAGAAGCUUCAAGCUUUGCUGCCGUCAACGCAUCUAGCGUCUGUAGUUGUAACAACUCAGCAAUCUCAAUGGGGAGACAGAUUCAUUACACAACCCCUUGAAAGUUUCACUCCUGCAAUGAGCAAAUUACUUCUAAAGCAGAAUUUAAAGGAGCAGGUUUUUGGUACCAAUAAUGUGAAAUCUUUAGAAGAUCUUUGUAAGGAGUUGGACAAUUUUCCACUUGCUUUGCAACAAGCUAUCGCUUACAUUAAAAAAGAAAGAAUUACCAUAUCAUCAUAUAUAAAGCUUUUCAAAAAAUACAAACACAAAUUACUGGAAAGAAAACAUGAUGACGAUUUUUAUCAACACACUGUUGCCACUACCUGGAGUAUGGCCCUUCUUAAGUUGCAACAAUCAGGAGACCAAUCAGCAAUUGACCUGUUUAGUUUUAUGGCCUAUAUGAGUGGUGAGGAUAUCGAUAUAGGUCUUUUCAGUUUUUGCUACGGUCCACCAGAUCUUAGAAGUGCCCUCGAUAUUCUGGAACAAUAUUCCUUGGUUAAAGUUAAAGAGGAUGGUAUGGGUAGAAAGACUAUUUGUUUGCAUAAACUUUUACAGCACGUUGUACGUCAAAAAAUGCAGAACAAAUCGGGAGAAAUAAUGUCAAAAUUGCUGGAAUUAUUAGGUAAAGCUAUUCUACAGAGUCCAAUUGUAGAUUGUGACACUAACUUUUGUUCAAAUUGGCUUCACCAUUUGAGAACGAUCUUUGACCUAUUAUUAAGUGCUGACGAAUGCCAGAAAAACCAAUUUUUAAACAGUUAUAAAAAGUGGAAAUGUGACUUGUUGUCAAAGUUGUCAAAAAGAAAUGAAAGAAGAAUUAUAGAAAGUGUUGGAAAAGCACUCAGUAGAAUUGAUGGUGGAUGUGGCAAAAAAAAACUGGCAUACUAUGUCUGUAAAAUUUAUUUGUUUGAUGUUGGUUCUGUGUUUGAUGUUAGUUCUGUGUUACUGUUUUGGAGAGAGAUUUUAUAUGUAUAUUUCAUUAAUAUUUAAUCCAAUUUUAGAUUUUUUAAAUUUGGAUUUAAUAUUAGGUUUAGCCGAAACAAAAGUGGUAUAAGGUAUUUUUAUACUACAUUUUAUUUAUCUUUUUUAACCUGACUUUAAAUUCAAUUGCUUAAUAUUCCUUCCAAAAUAUACUUAAAACUUAGCAUGUUAGGAUGUCACUAAUCUGCGGUGCUUUGCUAAAAAAAUACAUUUGUUUUUUAGAAAUGCCUCUUCACUCGCUUUUUAGCUAAUGGGAUCUAUAUUCAACUUUACAACAACGUGCUUAAAGUGAUUUCAUCCUGUAUUUCACAAAUGUAAAGGAGUACAAAUAAAAGCCAUUAUGCUGACAUCACAAAAAGUUUUUUAAAUUUGCUUUUUUAAAUUUAAAUAUUUUUACUUAUUCAUUUGUUGUUAAUACUAUGAAUACGUUUUGGAUUUUGGAAAUAAUUUUAGAGAUCAUAUUGUAGAGAGAAUUUGAUAGAAAUUUUAGCCAAUCUUUGAUUUUUCUAAAAAUACAGUAGUCAUAAUUGUUUUAACUGAGUUCGUAUAGAAAGUGCAAAAAAUUGGAAAGAUAAUUAUUUUUUGCACCAAAGUCAGAAAGACUUAAAAUGUCAUGGAAUUCUCUAAAUUCUCAGCAAAUUAGGUAUAAAAUUGGACACGUUUUGUCGACAUCUUGAGCAUAAAAAUCAGAAGUUGUCAAAACAAUCAAGUAUAAGCGAAUCUUAUUAAUAAUAUUUGCUGAAAUAGCAAAUACGGCUUAUAUUUAUUGAUUUUGAUGAAUUUAUCACGGGUUUACAACUAGUUAGCUAUUGUUUCUACUAGGUAAAAUUUAUUUUAAUGGUAAGCAAUAUUGUUGAAAAAGAUUUACUAAACUAUACCGUAGUAAAACAUUUUUAAUACAAUGGUAAUGCGAAUAUGUUGCAUUUUAUUGAAAGUGUUUACCUGUGCAUUAAUUUAGUUCUUAUUUCGUAACAAAAACUUACACUUUUUUAAUUUUAGGCAGAACUUAGUCCAUAUACAUUUGACUUUUUCCAAAGCAUAUUGCAUCAUAACGUUCAUAAAUCAAAUACAUUUGAAAUAUAUAUUUAUAUUAUACAUUUGCGCAAUAUUAAUUUUUAUAUACCUAGUAUCGAACGUCACUUAUCGAACAAGUCAUAAUAUAGCACAUCUAUAAAUAGAAUUAAUCAAUGUCAUGUUGAUUUUAAUUACUUAAAUUGUACAAGCAUUGAUUUCUUUUCUUUAACCUUCUUAUCAUUUUAAACUACGUUACUUCGCGAAAUUUAGCACAAAGAGUGCGCGUAAAAUUUUUUGUGUGAAAAUUAGUACGAAUAAGGUAUAAACGCAUUUUUUUGUCUGUAAACAAAGAAACAUAAAUCUUUGUUAUCUUCUUUCUGGAUAAAAUAGAUAUUACGCCUUUUAAAGUAU